CAGAUCUAUUUCUUCUGGGUACCAUUCAGCCAUUGGCAAGCUAGAGGCUUAGACAGGACUUGUAUAACCUGCGAGCCUACCAGCUCAUUUCCCUUUAACUAGAGCAGGCGACCUGAUUUCAGCACCGCUGGUGCUGAACAGCUCCGCAGAGUGAAUUUCAAAACCCGGUUUAGCGCCACCGGAGCUGUGGAGUCUGUGCGCUCAGGCAAAGCGUUACAAAGAAGAGUCACCGAAAAAGCAGUAGAUCGAAAACGGGAGCUGGCCCAAGAUCAAGAAGAUAUUCGAGUUGAGUUUAAGGUGUACAUUUCUGAAUAACCUGGAAUAAGAGCACCCCUGGAGUUAUUCUCCGGUCCAACCCCGCCAACUAUUAACAGCAGCUUCUUUUUCAGAAUGGCGUCUAAAAGAAUGGUAUUUUUCCUCUUUGUUCAGAUUUUCUCAGUUUUUCUAUACCAGCUCAAUGCCUUUCCCACACCUGACGUUACAAGUGAUAAAGCCGUGUACAAUAGACAACUAAGCGAGGAGAGACCACUCCAAGAACAAAUUGCAGAGGCAGACAGCGUUAGCAAAUCAGUGGCGAAAGACAACCAGUCAGCAUCGACAGAACCCACUAUUGAUCCAGACAAUGAUGACUUCAGUCUGCUUAGGUCCUUGGCUGAAACAUCAAAGGAUCUAGGCAGCAAGACUCCAAGUUCAAAGUCCAUCAAUACCCACUACUUUCCUGAUGACGCAGAUUCAACUAAGAACCGAAGACUCGUGGAUGACUAUGACUCCACCAAAAAUGGAAUGGACUACAGAUAUCAAGAUGACCCAGAUGGACUCCAUCAGUUGGAUGGCACUCCUCUGACAGCUGAAGACAUUGUCCAGAAAAUAGCCACCAGGAUAUAUGAGGAAGAUGACAGAGGAGUUUUUGACAGAAUUGUUUCCAAACUGUUAAACCUGGGAUUGAUCACAGAAAGCCAGGCAGAUACACUGGAAUAUGAAGUGGCAGAAGCCCUGCAGCAACUGAUAGCAAAUCAAGUGAAAAACAAUGAGAUUGAAGACACCAGCAUGGACUACCCUGCCUCCAGUACCGAAGACCCAGGAGAAAAGCAAGAGAAAUCAGUAUCUGAGAAGGCCAGCAGGAGGUAUGAGGAUCAGCAUGUGAGUGAGGACGUUGAUGACACAGUGGACAACACAUGGGCACCUCCCAAUGAGGCAGACCAAAGGAACGAGCUGUCUCCCGAGGACAGUCUCCAGGACCUGCAGUACUUCCCCAACUUCUACAACCUUCUGAAGAGCCUCAAUUCAGAACAAGAUGCAAAGGAAAAAGAAACUCUGAUCACCAUAAUGAAAACACUGAUUGACUUUGUGAAGAUGAUGGUCAAGUAUGGCACAAUCACGCCCGAGGAAGGAGUGUCUUAUUUGGAAAAUCUUGAUGCCAUGAUCGCCCUACAAACUAAGAAUAAACUAGGCAAGUCGCUGGUGACAUCAGACAUCAGAGCACCAACAGACAAGACCAGCGAGGAGGAAGACAACACCAAGGAGGAAGUGGCCAAAAUGGAGAAGGAAUAUGAAUCUCUCAAGGACUCAACAAAGGAGGAGCAGGCUGUGCCAGAGUCAGGCUCUUCGGGGAAGACAGAAACCUAUUUGGAGGCAAUCAGAAAGAAUAUUGAGUGGCUGAAAAAGCAUAACAAACAGGGCAACAAGGAAGAUUAUGAUCUGUCAAAGCUGAGAGACUUCAUGGACCAGCAAGUGGAUUCUUACAUCGACAAGGGCAUCCUGGAGAAAGAUGAGGGCGAGAUCAUCAAGCGGAUCUACAGCAGCCUGUAGACUCCAGACAGAAACAACUGCAAAUAUUCAAAUAUACAAUUUAAAAUAAUAUAAUCUAUUAAAAUUAGGCAAAUGUAUUGCAGCUCUCACUUCCAGUCAGCUGGCUGGUGCCCCACAAACCCACCUGAAACUAAAUUGGGAAAUACUGCAAUAACUUCACAGUUGGUCAUGUACACUAUGUCCCAAAAGCAAUAUCCUUUAAUAGCGAUAGAAAGCAUUUUUUACAAAGCUUCCACAAUGGUACUGCUGAAUAACAAAAAGCACCCACCUAAUCUCCUGUCUGCAAAUUGCUGUGUGCACAACAGGGAAUUGUUAUGGUACAAUCUGGAGUCACAACGAAAUGGCUGUUGUGUAUAUGAUUUUGUAAAAGAGAUUAAAGCUACAGUACAAGCUGGAAGUGAAAGAGUUGCAAAAUGCUUGAAUAGACAAUAGAAGGCAAAUCCUAUCUUUUGCUGAUCCUUUUGUGCAAUCAAUUACUCAUUUACUAAAAAAAAAGAAAACACUAAAUGUAAUCUGUCUGGAGAAUGUACCUUCACAACCCUUUCCAGCAUCAGCGUGAAACAUACUGUACUAUGGCUUUUAAUUCUGCCAAAAAAUAAUUUUGUGUUCUGUCCAGUGUCAUCUAACAUAUCUUCGUUAUGUUAUUUGUUUCUGUAAAGCUCACUAGUUCAGGGAAACAUCUUUUUGAGUCCCCAGUGGACUUUCUUUGUCAAUCGUUAUAAUUGUGACUUAUGUUGUGUCCUUUUUUCCAUUCUGCAUGUUAAAAGAACAUGAAACAAACAAGAAAGCAUUGCACCCUGAUGUCGUGUGAGUAAAUGCAACUGAAGUAUUUUUAAGUGUAAAUAUUUGUGAAUUUUUUCAAAAUACUGUAAAAGUAAUUAAAAACUUUGCCUUUCUUUAAUGAA